CAUAUUUUGUAUUUAUUUUGGGAGUACACAGUUCUCUCCUGGGGAAACAAAUAAACAAAACAAAACUUAUCGCUUUGAAUACGUUGCCUUCAUUCCCGUUAUCUUAUCACUGCCGGCGAAACCAGAGGUGAAUCAGUCGUGUGGUUGUGGUGCUACAGUUUGGUAAUAUGAAAACGAUUGCGGCAGCUUUGCCGCUGCUGUUGCUUUUGCUUACGUGCAGCCAGUGGCAGCAGUCGAAUGCAGCUCGAAUUUUGUGCAUUGUUGGCACACCGGUGCAUAAUAAUCCUGGCUGGGCGCUGCCCUUCUUUCAAACGCUCGCUGGCCGCGGCCACGAGCUGACAGUCAUUAGCACACACAUCGAUGCUGAGAUGCCGGGCAUACAGAUCGUGCCAUUGACCAACGAAUACGAUGUGGUUAAGAAGCAUUAUGCAAACGCUAUGGGUCACUACCAGAGCUAUUGGGAUAUUAAGCAGCUGCUCAUUUGGUAUGAGGCGCUGCUUGGUACCUGCCGCUCCACGUUUGAGACACAUUUUUUCAAAAAGUUCAGCAUUCCGGACGUGAACUUUGAUUUGCUUAUUUAUGACGCCACCUAUUCUUUGGAAUGUCUGCUUACGAAGCUGCCGCAGCUUCGAUCUGUGCCCGUAAUAGCUCUGAGCGGUGGUAAGCUGACGACAGACUUAGCUCAGUUAGUUGAAGCAGAGAACACAAUCAGUGCUGCAACCAUUCCGCAUUUCACCAGUCGUCUACCUCUUGAAAUGAAUUACUGGCACCGCCUACAGAACCACGUCAUGUACCUGGCCGAGCAAUUCAUUCAGUGGUCUGUUGUGCAACCCGUUUUAAACGGCAUGCUGGGCAAAGGGUACUAUAAUCCCGAGGUGCAGGUGGUGCUACUUAACACGCAUCCAAUUCUGGAUUAUGUGCAAAAUAUGCCACCGAACGUAAUAGAGGUGGGUGGCUUGCAUAUUCGGGCCGAGUCGGAACCAUUGCCUUUUAGCACGCAGGAUUUUAUUGAUCGCUUUUCUGAGGGUGUCGUCUUCAUAAAUCUGCCUUAUAUUGAGCUGAUGUAUGGCAAGGGCAUACAGGCGAUUGAAUUCAUGAUUAGGGAGUAUGGUCAGUUCGGGUUUCUUUGGAAUGUGAACAAUGUAAAAGAUUUACACCUAUCGGAGAACUACUACAAUUUGAGAGCCAUCAAUGUGGUGGAAAAUAUGCAGCAGAACAUUUUGGCUCAGUCCAAUGUAAAAGUAUUUUUCACCCAUGGAGAUAGCUUUAGUAUUCAGGAAGCUAUCUACAAUGCAGUUCCAAUUAUUGUGUUGCCACUGCUAAUGGACCAAAUCAACAACGCCAAACGCUUGGAGGAACGUCAUUUGGGAGUUGAAGUCUCACCAAGCAACUUUGAAGUGAAUAGCUUCUCCGCAGCUCUCAAGCAAUUGGUACGUGAAGAUUCUUAUUUGGAUGCAGUGCAGCAAGCGCAACUUAGUUUUCGCACACGCCAAGUGAAACCCGUGGAUUUAGCUGUUUGGUAUGCGGAGCAAUUGGUUAGCCAACCCAACCUUUUCAAGCAUUUGUCCAACCCCACGUCUUCUGGAAAGUUUUACCUUGUUAGAAAAUCUAUGGAAAUUUUAAUUCUACCUCUACUUCUUAUUCUCAUAUUUUUUUGCAACUUUAUGCUUCUGAUUUGGCAAAGCUUAAGUCAAAAGAAAAAGAUGAAACGCAUUAAGGACAAAAAGGGAAAAACCAAACAGCAGUCGGAUAAUAAAGAAGAUUAGUUUUAGUUUAGCGAUUCAAAUUAAAGGUGCUUUAAUAUCCAGACAAGCUGUUAGCUAUUCAAAAAUGACAAAAGUAUUAAAAUAUU